AGAGGACGGGGCGUGCCCGACGUGCGCGCGUCCUCCCUCCCCGGCCCUCCUCCAGCGUCCGCCGGCGCCUGCCCUGCGAGGGCGUCAUGCCGCCCAAAACCCCCCGUAGAGCAGCAGCCGCCGCUGCCGCCGCGGAGCCCCCGCCGCCUCCCCCGCCGCCUCCUCCUGAGGAGGACCCCGAGCAGGAUAGCGGCCCCGAGGACCUGCCUCUGGCCAGGCUUGAGUUUGAAGAAACUGAAGAACCUGAUUUUACUGCAUUAUGUCAGAAAUUAAGGAUACCAGAUCAUGUCAGAGAAAGAGCUUGGUUAACUUGGGAGAAAGUUUCAUCUGUGGAUGGAGUCUUGGAAGGUUAUGUUCAAAAGAAAAAGGAACUAUGGGGAAUCUGUAUCUUUAUUGCAGCAGUUGACCUAGAUGAGAUGCCGUUCACUUUCACUGAGCUGCAGAAAAACAUUGAAACCAGUGUCUAUAAAUUUUUUGACUUACUAAAAGAAAUCGAUACCAGUAUCAAAGUUGAUAAUGUUAUGUCAAGACUGUUGAAGAAGUAUAAUGUGUUGUGUGCACUCUACAGCAAAUUAGAAAGAACAUGUGAACUUAUAUAUUUGUCACAACCCAGCAGUUCGAUAUCUACGGAAAUAAAUUCUAUGUUGGUGCUAAAAGUUUCUUGGCUCACGUUUUUACUAGCUAAAGGGCAAGUUUUACAAAUGGAAGAUGAUCUGGUGAUCUCAUUUCAGUUAAUGCUGUGUGUCCUUGACUAUUUUAUCAAACUCUCACCUCCCGCAUUACUCAAAGAACCAUACAAAACAGCUGUAAUACCUAUUAAUGGUUCACCUCGAACACCAAGGCGAGGUCAGAACAGGAGUGCACGGAUAGCAAAACAACUAGAAAAUGAUACAAGAAUUAUUGAAGUUCUCUGUAAAGAACAUGAAUGUAAUAUAGAUGAGGUGAAAAAUGUUUAUUUCAAAAAUUUUAUACCUUUUAUGAAUUCUCUUGGAAUUGUAGCUUCUAACGGACUUCCAGAGGUGGAAAGUCUCUCUAAACAAUAUGAAGAAAUUUACCUUAAAAACAAAGAUAUAGAUGCAAGAUUAUUUCUGGAUCAUGAUAAAACUCUUCAGGCUGAUCCUACAGACAGUUUUGAAAUGCAGAGAACACCACGAAAAAGUAACCCUGAUGAAGAGGUAAAUGUGAUUCUUCCACAGACUCCAGUUCGGACUGUCAUGAAUACUAUCCAGCAAUUAAUGAUGAUCUUAAAUUCAGCAAGUGAUCAACCGUCAGAAAAUCUGAUUUCCUAUUUUAAUAAUUGCACAGUGAAUCCAAAGGAAAGUAUCCUGAAAAGAGUGAAGGAUAUUGGGUACAUCUUUAAAGAGAAAUUUGCUAAAGCUGUGGGACAGGGAUGUAUGGAAAUUGGAUCACAGCGAUACAAACUUGGAGUCCGAUUGUAUUACCGAGUAAUGGAAUCCAUGCUUAAAUCAGAAGAAGAACGAUUAUCCAUUCAAAAUUUUAGCAAACUCCUGAAUGACAACAUCUUUCAUAUGUCUUUGUUGGCAUGCGCUCUUGAGGUUGUAAUGGCUACAUAUAGCAGAAGUACAUCUCAGAAUCUGGAUACUGGAACAGAUUUGUCCUUCCCUUGGAUUCUGAAUGUACUUAAUUUAAAAGCUUUUGAUUUUUACAAAGUGAUUGAAAGUUUUAUCAAAGCAGAAGCCAACUUGACCAGAGAAAUGAUUAAACAUUUAGAACGAUGUGAACAUCGAAUCAUGGAAUCCCUUGCAUGGCUCUCAGAGUCACCUUUAUUUGAUCUUAUUAAACAAGCAAAGGACCGAGAAGGACCAGCUGAUCACCUUGAACCUGCUUGUACUCUCAACCUUCCUCUCCAGAAUAAUCACACUGCAGCAGAUAUGUAUCUUUCUCCUGUAAGAUCCCCACAGAAAAAAGGGUCAACUACACGUGUAAAUUCUACUGCAAGUUCAGAGGCACAAGCAACCUCAGCCUUCCAGACUCAGAAGCCAUUGAAAUCUACCUCCCUUUCACUCUUUUACAAAAAAGUGUAUCGACUAGCAUAUCUUCGACUAAAUACCCUGUGUGCACGCCUUCUGUCUGACCACCCAGAACUAGAACAUAUCAUCUGGACCCUUUUCCAACACACACUGCAAAAUGAGUAUGAACUCAUGAGAGACAGGCAUUUGGACCAGAUUAUGAUGUGUUCCAUGUAUGGCAUAUGCAAAGUGAAGAAUAUAGACCUUAAAUUCAAAAUCAUUGUAACAGCAUACAAAGAUCUUCCUCAUGCUGUUCAGGAGACAUUCAAACGUGUUUUGAUCAGAGAAGAGGAGUAUGAUUCUAUUAUCGUAUUCUAUAAUUCAGUCUUCAUGCAGAGACUGAAAACAAAUAUUUUGCAGUAUGCUUCCACCAGGCCCCCUACCUUGUCACCAAUUCCUCACAUUCCUCGAAGCCCUUACAAGUUUUCUAGCUCACCUUUACGGGUUCCUGGGGGGAACAUCUACAUAUCACCCCUGAAGAAUCCGUAUAAAAUUUCAGAAGGUCUGCCUAUGCCAACAAAAAUGACUCCAAGAUCAAGGAUCUUAGUAUCAAUUGGUGAAUCAUUUGGGACUUCUGAGAAGUUCCAGAAAAUAAAUCAAAUGGUGUGUAACAGCGACCGUGUGCUCAAAAGAAGUGCUGAAGGAAGCAACCCUCCUAAACCACUGAAAAAACUGCGCUUUGACAUUGAAGGAUCGGAUGAAGCAGAUGGAAGUAAACAUCUCCCAGGGGAGUCCAAAUUUCAACAGAAACUGGCAGAAAUGAGGCUCAGCUCAGAGGCCUUCCUUGACACCCAAGCUAAAAUCCUUCCUCUGUACUGUGCCACUCUCCUUCAAAAGUGUAACAGCAUUCAUCACCGUCAGAAACUGCCUUACUUGGGUUGCCUAUUGCCUGUUUACCCACCCCGGCAUCAACCUGGCUGGCCUUACCUACUACUAUAGUUGUAGCAUCUAGAAGAAGCCCGUAUGUAGGGGGGAAAAAAGGUGGACAGUAAACGUCCCUCCUUCUGGAACAGCAGCAUGUUUGUCCCUGAAGGAAGAAAGGCAAAUAAGGAAGUUCCAGCAGGAAAAGCAGCAGGUAUACCCCAGUACUGGGACUGUAUUUACGUUGGAUGCGGAUCUUCCAUGAAAUGCAGUCUCUUAGGUCAGGGAAAAAUCAAGCAGCCUUUAUAACAUUAAAAAUUUUUAGUCUGGAUGAUAGAAAACGGAUCACUUCUGGAGAUUAAUUUAGUAUUCCAGUAAUUAAAGGUCCUUAUAAUGAAAGGGACAAGUUCAAAUUCAGUAUUUACUUUAUUCAUUACAGUUUUCUGGUACAAAUGGUGGGCGGCGGGGAGUAUCAGUUCUAUGACCGUCCGGAUGAUUUCCUAGAAGCUUGCCCGUAGAAGCAUAUUUUUGUUCCUCAUUUUUGGGCCGGACAGCGUACAUGGCAUUGGCAAGGAUUUAUUCGGUAGAAUUUUCCUUUGGACUAAAUAAAUGUUUUACAGGACAACCUGAAACCUUGCCUCUAGACAUAGCAAAUUUCCACAAGUAUGGGGUCUUAAAUAGAAACAUAGUAACACUGUAUAAUGUCUGAAAGGAAUUAAAACAGCUCUUUUAAUAAGAAGCUGGAAUAGUCAUCUAUUCUUAGAAAUACUUUUUUGUGUCCAUUAUCUUGGAACUAUACUUACAGUCUAGUAUUGACGUAUGAUGACAAUUUACUGUGAAAGUUAAAUUUAUUCCACAGACCAAUAUCAGUUACUUUCUAAACAAAAUGUUAUGAUUUUAACUGAAUUUAGUGAGAGAAAGUCAUUAUGGUUUGUUUUUAUGCUUUGGCAAAGACUGAAUUAAAAAUGACAGUACGGUAUGGUUUUUCCUCUCUCUUUACAGUUCUCCCAACCUGUUUGUUGUGGUAAUAGCACAGGGAGGACUCAUAAGAUAGAUAAGACUAUGUAGUUUGUAAUUGCCUCUUUUUCAUCAUCACUGGUCAAGAAUUCUGUGUCUAACACUCACCAGGUUAUGGUCUAGAAUGACUGGCAGUUUCUUCAGGUCUCGGAUGAAAACAUUUAACCCUUUUUAAAAAGCACUGAAUGGUAUCUUCACAAACCACUCUCAGCAGAUGAGGAUGCUACUUUAUUCCUGUAAAACCUAAACCUCUCUCUGUGUAAGUUUGGGUGAAAUUAUAUUGGAAGCACUAAAACAUUGAAUUUCUUGUGUGAGCAGAGAAGAAACAAAACUUAAGGAUGGAAAAUGUAAGAUGAACUUAACGGAUCCACUGACUUCUGAUGUAGUGUCAUUAUGAAAAUGGACCUUCCCUCCCACAUAUCCCUGACUAAACUUAGGGUUUCUGAGCUCUACAAACACUCAUCUGUUAGAAAGAAAUGAAGGAAAUAAAGUGAUAUUAUCCUUCAUAUAGGAGCACUGAUGGCCAGCCUAUCCUCAAAGACCAGAGAGAAAGCAUGUUUUUUCAGAGAGAUGUAACCACGGGACUCAUCUGUCAUCUCCAACUGGUCUAAAAUCAGCCCUUCCUUAUUGUUUGGCAUCCCAGGUCUUAAGAGCUAAACCAAUGAUUCUCAUCCUUGGCUAAACAUCAAAAUUACUUGGGGAGCUUCGUAAACAUACUUAGAAUCCUUGAAUCUAUAUUUUGUAAAAGUUUCAUAGAUUAUUCUGUUGUGCCCAGAGAUAAGCAGCACGGAGAUACAGAGCAGUGCAGGCUACACAUAACAAGCUUAGAGGAAAUCUAGAUAAAGCUCCACCCACCCCUUCUUACUAACGUGUACUCUGGCAGAGCAGUGACCCGCUGGGGAGUCUCGUGGAGGGUAAUCCAUUUUACAUCCCUAAAUAAACUUACCUGUUCCCUUUGGGUGGUCCAGUAUUUCCAUGAAAUGAGUUCAUAAAAGAAAAAGGCAUUGCAUUCAGAAGACCCUGUCAGAAAAGGGCAAGAAAGAGGAAGAGGAGGUUUGGGAAGACUCUGUAAAAUAUAAAGGCUUUUUGGUCAGUGACAGUGAGCAUAGUGGGCUGAGGAGAACGAGUCGGAAAUGAAGCCUGUGGACGUCUGACUGUGAGAACUGAUGGCGACUGGUAAUACCCAGGCCUCAAUGUUUCUUUGCUGGAGAGAACAGCUAACCUACUAAAACUACAGACAAAUGGUGUAAGGCUGUAACAUCUUACGGAAAAAAACCAGAACGAACUUUUUGGCCAACCCAAUAAAAUAACAAAUACUACACAGUUCCAAAAAUGGGAUUCUGAUUUAGAACUGGAGGCAUCGAGACUCCUCUGCCUCUACCAGACAAGGUCUGCAAAAACAGAUAAACAAAAAGAAACUAAGGAUUCAAAAGUGACCUCACCAAUAAAGAACAUGGGCAAUCAUACGAACAGUUGAUUAGAAUUAGUUGUUUAGAAGCCAUCUGCCAUUUUAGGGUAGGCUUCGCUAUGAUGCCUUAUCUGAGUAACUGCUUUAAAAAAUAAGCUUAUAUCAAAUGGAUUUGUGUACAUCUAAGAGACAUAAGGUUGACAGAAUCUUGCUGCUUCUGAAGAAUGAAAACACACACACAUUUGUUCUAUUAUCUGCAAAUAAGCACUUUAUUAUCAAACGGUUCAGCAUCAGAACAAGGUUUCCAAAAGAGGUUUGUUUCCCUACAUAGUAUCAUAUUGUGAAAGUACAUGUUAGGAGACUCUACAUCCUACAUCCUGUUCCAUUUUCUCAUUUGUAGUUGGGUAACUUGAUCUAAACAGUAUAAAUUCAUCUCUUUCUUACUAGUGCUGUCCAUGAAAUGUAAGCGUAGUUCCUUUUCGGCUAGUACUUUAUAAUUACACUGUGCCAAGUUAAAAGACCUGUUUUAUAGUGACAUAAAAGUCAACUACAAGAAAAACAAAA